UAUGCCCUGAUGAGCUGUGCGAAACCGGUAUUGAAACGGUGAUUGGUUUAAUCCUUGAUAUACGCGAUAAAAUCGACGCAGGCAUAUUCUCAGUACCAGGCACGUCGAAAGAAGAAGGCAUGAGAACUAUUGCUCAGACUGACUCGAAAAGUGAUCUGGAUUCGAGGAAAAUCAUUGUUUAUAAUAACCGCCCUAUGGAAACUGACACUCCUGGCGAAGCAUACACCACAACAGAGGCGCGUUUAAUUCAGUCUCCAAGUGGAUUGAAUACACAGGAACCGCUUAUUGGCCAAAAGAGAUCUUUGAGAAGACCAUAUCAGUGUCUGGAAAGCGAGUGCCCAAUGGACACAGUCGCACCUAACUUGAAAGCCAUCAGAACAGAGCUGAGUCUAACAGAGUCGCCAAAUUCCGUCAACUCGGCGGAAACAGUACCCGAACACAUCAGCUUGUUAGAAAGGCCGUUGCAGUACUUGGAAGAAGGAGGAAAUACCAUAUGCCGUAUCAACCAUGAAUGCAUGGCAUUUUACUUACGCUGUCCAAAUUUGCUAAAUGUUAUAAAUCUGUGUGAAGAUGUCCUUAAUGGAAAGGUUGAAGCCCUUUUCAUGCCAUUGCAAGACUAUUUAAGAACACAACCAGAUUGCAACAACGUAUCGGUUGUUGUUGAUAUUUCUGGAAAUGACUUCACAAGGUGCAUUAUGCCAUGCCUUAUCAAAUUAAAUCGUAAAUUGGAUUCGAGAAUCCAACAACUUGAGUAUCAAUACAAACAAAAGAAUACAUCUAGUACUGCUGCAGGAAACACUGACAUAAAAACAGCAAUUUCCAUGCUCAAAGACUUGAUAGAUCAUCACCCAAGUGUCGAUUGUGAAACCCCGUCAGAGCUAAGACUAACUGUAGAUACACUUGGGGUAGAGGACAGUUAUACAUUGACGCGUCAUCUAGUUGAUGCUGCAAAUGUAUUGCAAAGACACAAGAAAAAAGCGAAAUAUAGAGAAAAGUUACAACCUACGGAUCAACACGAGAAAAAUGGUAUAGAAACUGCUAUAUCCAUUUUUAAAGAGCUGAAAGGCCAAAUGCCUUUUAUCGACGAAACUUCAGAAUUGAGAUUGAACGUAGAGGUGAUUGGAAUAAAGGACGGACAUUCACUGACACGUCAGAUAUUUGAUGCUGUGAUAGAAUUGAAAAGUACAGAGGAAACAAAGACGUCAAACUCACAGGAACUUCGACAAUAUCUGCAACGUGUGUUCCAGUAUUUGAAAAAAGGCGGAAAUGCACUCAAUAUGCGCGAAACGGACUGUUCCGCGUUUUAUAUCUGCUGCCCAACAUUGGCCAACGCAAUGACACUGUGUGAAGAUUUUUAUAACUGGCAAAGUUGAAGCGCUGUUCCAGCCACUGCAGGGUUAUUUGAAAACACUGCCAGAAUGCCAAGAUGUAUCGAUAGUUGUUGACAUUUCAGAAAGUGACUUUGUCAACUGCAUUUUACCUUCCCUCACAGCAAUUAAGCGUCAGUUAGAUUCAUGGGUGCCUGCUCAAGGGCCAGACUCGAGGGGAUCUGUGGCAGAUUACUUAGUGCUUCUUGAUGACAUGGAUGGACAUUUCAAACACGAACACUCGCCUUGCGAACAGUUUCUGACAGAUGUCAUGGAU